AUGCGAAACAUGCGGCGUCCGCUUCUGGGCCUUUGGUUCUUGGCCCUGCCGUUGGCCUAUGUGCCGUCGUGGUGGGCCAAAGGCUGGCCCAGGGGAAGAGCGGGGAGUCAAGCAGAGGCGGAGUUGUUGUCACAGCUAGCGGUUCUGCUGAUGCCUCAAACGGACAUCGGAGAGCUCUUAUGUCAUCAGCGUGCUUUGGGCGGCCCAAAGGCCCUGCUGAUGCAGCACCGGGCCUUCGCCGCGGAGGUGGAACGUGCUUGGGAAAGGUCCCAUAGCAACGACCUGGAGCGGCGCAAGGCGCCCCACCGGGAGGUGCCGUCGUCCCAUGCACCCGCACCGGGAGUCCGUGCAGUGGGAGAAACCGCAGAAGGCAGCAAGAAGCGGAAGAAGAAGAAACGUGCCGAGAGCGAGGAGACCUUCAUCGUGGACGACGAGCUGGAAGCCGAGGUGGUGGAAGACCUGGAGGACUUUCUCGAGCACAGUCGGCUGCGGCAGACGCUGAAGAAAACCGCCGACGAGCUUCGGGUCAGCCAGCAGCGCAAGGACAAGAAGGCUUCGGGGGCGCUUGAGGCGGAUGCGAAGAAGGCGCCGGAGCCGAAGGUUCCCCCUGCGAAGGCCAAGAAGGAUGAGGAGCAUGCGCCCAAAAUGGGAGGUGGCAAAGGAAAUGGUCGAAGAAAAUCUGGCGAGGAGAAGUCCCACACCAAAGAGAAGGAGGUCCGCAAGAGUGGAUCCUACAACGGUACCAACGGUGCCAAGCAGAGUUGGGAGGAGCAACAAUGGUAUGGUGACAACAGCUGGUCCUCACAACAGGACAGCUGGGAUGACUGGGGCAACAGUCGCUGGUGGGGCCAGAGGGGCAACGGCCAAGCGGGCGGAUGGAAUGGUCGCAGAGAGCGUCGGCGACCCGCAGGUCGCGGCACGUCCGGGUGGAGCUAGGAGCGGAGCCGGACAGAGGGAGAGAGAGUGGUGGAAUGAUGCGGCAGGGUGGCGAUCCUCAAAGAAGCCAUGUUCAGAAACUUCAAGUUCACUAAACUAAGGGGGCCUCACUGGUUACUUUUUUGGUUACUAGGCAAAUUGUCAUGAUUCAUCAUUCAUGAUUAAUUAGCUCCUCUGCAAUCGAGGUGAGAGCUCCUUUCGUUUGGAAGCUUGUGACGUGAGUUUGUUGCUGGGGACGCCCACAUGAACUUGCAGGAAGCUCCCCCCUUGCGCGAAGCUUUGCUUUUGGCAAAGUGCAAGAGCAGUUAAACGACAUGAUUCUGCUGUCCGAUAGUCAGGAUGACUCUUUGAAGUAGCCCCAGCACUGGUGAUCAAAGGACAGUCAGACGAGAGACUUUUCAGCUUGCAAAAAUACAAGAUCUCACCACCAGAGAUCGGAUGUGUUGUUUCUUGCUCCUUGAGUCUGCCGUUCCAAGUUCUGCGCCAGGUGUUCCUGAGCCGGUCUUCGGGCGGCUUCACGGUCGCGCGAUGGAGGGCGGCUCCUG